GGUUCUGAUGGCUCAUAUCUGCGGUUCUGGAAUUCUACUAGAAAUAACUGUGGUUUUUGGACAUUUAUAGCAGACGAACAAAGCAGAAAUACUCAUAUCUGUGAAUAGACUGCAAUUUUCAGUUAUGUCCGAAGGGGGAGGUGGCACUCGGAAGCCAUCCCGGUUUGAAUCGGAAUUAUACUUCUUAUUGGUUAAAUUCCUCGCUGCUGGACCAUGCAGAGCAACAGCAGAGGUCCUGAAGAGAGAAGUCGAGCAGCACGGGCUAUUUCCAACUCGAUUGGAUUGGCUGGGAAAUGAACAUCAAAAGAGCUUCGAAAACUUGGCAAAUUCCAACCAGCAUAUUAACAGUGACCAUCUACUGCAAAUAUGUGAGCGAAUUGGACCGCUUCUUGACAAGGAUGUUAAGCCAAGUGUUUGUGGUGUCCGAUCAUUACUUGGCGGAGGUACACUUUCACUCCUUCGAACCUCACAAGAUGUUAAGCCAGCUCUAUGGUCGCCGUCAUUUUUCUCUGCUACAAUUCAUCGAAGGCCCCUCUUGCCUCCUGCCAAGCGCACCAAAAAUGUUAACACGUUCCAUGUGUUACAGGGCCGACUCAAUACUGGUGUGGCGAGAAAGAAUCAAGUGUUUCCCACAUCACAAUACAGUAAAACAACUGUUCACCUGCGAACACUUGGCCACCUGUCAUCAGUGUACUGUGUUGCUUUUGAUCGCAGAGGCACACGGAUCUUUACAGGAGCAGAUGACCAUCUUGUCAAGAUUUGGAGUGUCGUUGAUGGUCGUCUACUUGGCACACUACGUGGCCAUGCCUCGGAGAUUGUUGAUAUGCAUCUCAACUAUGAGAAUACCCUGACUGCAGCAGCAAGCAUUGACAAGGUGAUACGAGUAUGGAACAUGCAAACUUUGGCUCCAGUAGCUGUCUUGACAGGGCAUACAGCUAUGAUAACAUCACUAGAGUUUUCACCUUAUAAUCGUGGCCACAACCGCUACAUGGCAACUACAGGUUCUGAUGGAACAUUAUGUAUCUGGACAUGGAAUGCAAACUCUCAGGUGUUCAACAACAGACCAAUCCGAUUCCAGGAAAGAUCCAGAGCAGGAAGCCAAAUGCUGUGUCUCUCAUUCAGUCCAGGGGGUGCAUUCUUGGCAGCUGGUAGUUCCGAUGCCUCAAUUAGAGUGUACAUGUUUGGUAGCAAUGGACCUGAGAAACAAUGUGAAUUAGAGGCCCACACAGAUCGUGUGGAUAGUAUAGACUUUUGCCAUUCCAGCGAACGAUUUGUUAGCGGCAGUAAGGAUGGAACAGCUCGGAUUUGGCGAUAUGACAGACAAGAGUGGAGAAGUAUCCUGCUGAACAUGGAUGUCCGUAUACCUGGAGCCAAGACUCCCGGAAUUGAUGAUUCCAAUAAGAUAAUGAAGCACAGAGUGACAAUGGUUGGCUGGGAUCUUGAAGAUAGGAGAGUUGUUACUGCAGUCAAUGAUCAUUCCUUGAGAGUGUGGGAUUCACGUACUGGUAAACUCCUCCAAGAACUCUACUCUCACACAGAUGAAGUGUUUGUGCUAGAAGGUCAUCCAACAGAUACAAGGAUUUUCCUGAGUGCUGGACAUGAUGGUCUCAUCAUUCUGUGGGAUCUGGAUACCGGUUGCAAAAUCUACAGCUACUACAAUAACAUUGAGGGGCAAGGUCACGGUGCUAUGUUCGAUUGCAAAUUCUCUCCUGAUGGCCAGCACAUUGCUGCUACAGACUCACAUGGACACCUGCUCAUUCUUGGUUGGGGAUCCAGUGAACGAUACUCUAAGGUGCCUUUUGAACAGUUCUUCCAUACUGAUUACCGCCCACUCAUGCGAGAUAAUAACAACUAUGUCUUAGAUGAACAAACACAGCAAGCUCCUCACCUGAUGCCCCCACCUUUCCUGGUAGACAUGGAUGGUAAUCCUCAUCCUAUCCAAUACCAGAAACUGGUACCUGGACGAGAGAAUUGUACAUCCAGUGCCUUGGUCCCUCAGAUUGGUGUAGCUCCAAAUGGAGAAAAUGAAGUCAUCAGUCAGCCUGUGAGGGCACAGGGAUCUUUUGCUCAGGAAUCAGCUGCCUUGAAUGAAUCCCAUCAAGCAUCUAGCAUUCUGGAUGAAAUGAUUGAACAGAUGCAACGAGAGCAAGAUGAACAGCAGGGAAUUUCUGCUGCUUCCGCUGCAAUGCCUCCUCCUGCUGGUGCUCCAAGUGCCCGCCCAACCACACCAAGUAGAGGUAGCCUUAAUGGACCCCUUAGUCCCUCCGCUGUUUCCCCAAGAGGAGUGAGGCUUAGCGGUGAGAUAGAAGGUGUACGCCAAGCUACUGGGAAUGUUCCCAUCAGCCAACAAGCUUCACAAGCUGAUCUCCUAGCUUGGAGUGAAAGAGUUGUGGUUCCAGAACUUCCUCCAUCCAUCUUAAGAAGUUUGGAGAAAAGACGACAGUUGUUAUUUGAAGAGGAACUAGCUCAUUUCAAGGUGGAAAAGAAGAGGAAACCAUCCGUUGCUUUCCUUCAAAGGGAAGAUUCAAGUGACUCACUGGAUCGACUAAGGAAGAGAAAGAAAAACGCUCAUGGGUAUGGUACCCGUUCAAGCCGUGAGGCCCUUAGAAGGGAACGUAGGGAGCAACGAGAGAGAGAACAGAGGGAACAAGACCAGGAAGCGAUGAACACAGAUGAUGAGGGAGAAGAUACCUUAGUGAUGAGUGGUGGAGAGACGACUGAAGAUGAAGUGGAAUGGAACAGCAGCAGCGAUGGAGGAAGUGAAACAAGCGAGUAUUCAGAUUGGACGGCUGAUGUUGGAAUUAAUCUAGAGCCACCCAAGAGAAGUCAGAGACAGAUUAAUCGUCGAAGAUUUGAUAGUGGUUCCGAUGAGGAAGAAGAACCUGGAACAUCAUCACAAGCAAAAACUAAGAGGAAAGAGUCCAAACCAAGGAAGAAAAAGCCCCCAGCAACUGUCAUCGAGGAUCGAGAGCGUAUUGAAGAACUCCCUGAGGAAAUGAAACCACCUCGCUGGAUUACAGACUCCACCCCACGAAGAUGCCCUUACAUUCCUCAGAUGGGUGAUGAAGUGGUUUACUUACGCCAGGGUCAUGAAUGUUAUUAUGAGGCAGUUAAAAGGUUGAACCUCUACAAGAUCGACCUGAAGAAACAGCCAUGGUAUAACAGAAAGUUGAGGGAGCAAGAACUGGUCAAAGUUGUGGGUAUUAAGUACCAAGUUGGACCUCCAACUCUGUGCGGCCUCAAGCUUGCCUUCAUUGAUCCUGAAACACGCAAACAGACAGGAUCACAUUUCUCCAUCAAGUACCAUGACAUGUCAGACGUCAUUGACUUCUUAGUUCUACGCCAGCAUUAUGACAACUCAAUAGCGCAGAACUGGAAAGCAGGGGACCGGUUUCGAUCCAUGAUAGAUGAUGCAUGGUGGCUGGGUACCAUUGUUGAUCAGCAGCCCUUCCAAGUUGAUUGUCCCGACAGCUUUUUCCAGUGUUACAAUGUUGCAUGGGACAAUGGAGAGACAGAAAAGAUGAGCCCUUGGGAUCUGGAACCGAUUGAUGAAGACAAUUUGCCAGAUGUAACAGGUGGUAGUGUUCCUGUCACUCAAGAUGAACGCAUGCAAGCCUUGUACACUCCUGACCCUGCUGAGUGGAGUGAUCGUGACCCAACAGUUGAAUGUGAACGUAUCAUUGCCUGUAUUGAUCAGGUCAUGGGAUUGCGGAUAGCUCGGCCAUUCAAUGACACCGUGGAUUUGAAUGUCUAUCCUAUCUAUGCUCACGUAGUGCCAUAUCCCACAGACUUAGCCAAGAUCAAGACCCGUUUAGAGCUGCGAUUUUAUCGGCGGCUAUCAGCUUUGAUGUGGGAAGUGAGAUUGAUGGAACAAAAUGCAGUACUCUUCAACGAGAAGGACAGUAAGAUUGUUAAAUAUGCUGAGCUCAUUACUAAACUCCUUCUUGAUGUUAUCAGGAAUCCUAAAUGCACUGAUGCACUGGCUGUAUAUAGCAAACUUACAGGCUCCAUGGAUGCAGAUGAGCUAGUUAAGAUAGAAACUUCCUCAUCUGGUGAAGACGAUGACCGGCCAUCAACUAGCAGAAAGAGAUCUGCUGAGGAGUAUGGUUUGCCACCAGCUAAGAGAGUUCGUAGCCAUUCCUGUUACAACACCAAAGCCUGGAUCGGUCAGUGCAAAGAACUCAUGCAAAUGCUGUGGAACUGCCAAGACUCAGAACCAUUCAGAUAUCCUGUUGAUGAACUUAGAUAUCCUGAUUAUCGAACAAUCAUCGACACACCAAUGGAUCUGAAUGUUGUCCGUGAGCAGCUUGAUGAGAUGAUCUAUCAAGACCCCAUGGAGUUCUGUAAAGAUGUCCGACUUAUCUUCACCAAUUCCAAAAGUUACACACCAAACAAGAAAUCGAAAAUCUACUCCAUGACACUGCGGUUAUCAGCUCUUUUUGAGGAGCAUUUCCGACCAAUUCUCAGUGACUAUAAAGCAGCAUUGAAAUAUGAGAAGCAAGUCCGAUCUGGGCUCAAAAGAAAACGGAAUCUCGCCAACUUUGAGGAUGCAUCCUCAUCUGGCAAAGCCAAGAGCACCUCAGUAGAUGCAUCUUCUCAUAGUGAAGAUGAGGACAGGGCAGGCCCCUCAUCAAGGGCUGGGUCAUCAAGGGCAGGAUCAUCAUCAAGGUCAGGACCAUCCCGUCCAAGUUCAUCGAGAAAUAGCAUCAGGGAUAUGGCAUCGUCAAGUAACAGACCAAGUACUUCAAGGCAGGCAUGCUUCUCAAAAACCAAAGAGUCCAACCAGAUCAGUACAAGAAGUGCCAAGAACAUUCCUACCAACAGUAAAAAUUCAGGGAAAUCAACAUUUUCAAAGACAAUAGCAGAGAGAGUCAAGCGGCAGACGGCAUCUCGAACGUUAAGACAAAUUGAUGAAAAGGACAGUAAGAGUGAAAGUGAAGAGGAUAAUGAGGAGGAGGAUGAAGACACAGAAGUAGAGCAGGAGGAAGAGCAAGAUGAUAAAGAAGAUGAAGAGGACAAUGAAGAGGAAGAUAUCAGUUGCUCGAGAUCAAGGAGAAAUGGACUCAGGAGAAGAGUUAGCACAAGAAUAAAAGCUUCCAAAUCUAAACUCAGCAAUGGUCAUACCAAGAGGUAUGCAACAAGGCAAAAUACUGUCAUAAGUAAUAAAGAUGAAGAGGAGGAUGAUGACGAAGAGAAUUCAGACAGUGAAGGAAGUGAAAAUGAUUCCAACACAGAGAGCAACUCGCCAUCAGGUUCUGAAUCAGAGCUUGACUCGGACAACAGCUCUGAGGAGCCUUCGCGAGAUAGUGACACUGAAAGCUACAUGUCAGAAGACAAUGAGAAUCAUCGCACACGUUCAAAUAGGUCUCAAACUCGGUCAACCUCCAAGAGGAAAAGUAGGACUGUUAACCAGGAUCCAACCAGGAGAUCGCAGCGAACUUUGGUCAGGUCUAGAAGGAGGCUGGACUCCAGUGAUAUUGAAUCAGACUUUGUGUCAUCUGCACGCAAGCCUAAGACACGAAACCAGGGUAAACAGACAGUGAUAUAUCGUGACCUUGACGAGGAAAGUGAGAAUCAGUCCUAUGACAGUGAAGAUAUGAAUGGGGUUGAGGAUGUAGUGACAACUGUCUCAAGUCGGGGCAGGGUACGACGAAUGACACAGAGGGCACGUGCAAGCAUAUUGGGAGAAUAGCACCUCCCUUACCUUGACGUCAGUGAGUUACAGGGUUAAGACAGGCAAUGAUUAUGUAACUUGAGGGACUUGUAAGAUGAAGAGAAAGACCUUUCUUUGCUUCUUUUUCUCUAUAUUUGGACAAUUUGCUGUAAUUUGCCCAAGUGUUCAGAAUUGACCAGUGUUUGUUUUUGAAGUCAAAAUGUCAAUUUUUUUCUAGCUCUGCUCCAAGUACACACUGGAAAAACUUCAAUGUUACCAGAUGCAUGUUUUUUUUUAAAGAUUAAUUUCACCCUAAAUCAAACACUGUUCACGUCUUAUGCUGUGGUUUUUCUUUCUCUGACUGUUCUUUUAUUUUUGAAUUUGAUUGAUCUUUGAACUCUGUGUCCCUAUCCAAGAUGUUGCUUUGAGUCACCAGCUUCUAAGCUGGCAGACUUGAUUGUCUUUGUUUUCUUUCAUUUGUCGGUUUGUUUUUUGUUUGAAGGACAUUGGAGAAGGUGCUUAGAAAUAAUAAGAGUAAAAGUAAUCUAGAUGAUUUUCAAUUGGAUUGUAAAGUGCUAUGUUUAUUAAUUGAGAUGACAUAAAUUGAUAGACAUGUACAUGUAACUGGGUUCGAUGUCGUCAGCAGGAGAUCCGUCUUUCUCAUAUUUUGGCACCAAUGCACCAUUUUUAGUUGAGCCAACUGAUACUUUCCCACUACCCAGGUCUGUUGAGUAUUUUCUAGUACCAUUUUUCGAAGUUUUUGCACUACUUUUAACCUGAUUAUCUUCAAAUGUUUAUUCUUUUCUUUAUAAAUGAUAUCCUUAUCUGUUGGAAAUAAACGAGCAUCGGUAUAAGUUUUGCAUCAGUGAAGUAAGAUGACGGCUCUUCAAGAUCAGGAAUAACAUCCUUCUGUCAGUCUUAGUUCUACAUCAAACACAUGUAUGGACCUUUACAAACGUCUUGUUGCAAGUGCUUCUCCAUGCUACAGACAAUCUGGUAUCUGCUCUGCUAUCAAUGUGUCAUCGAAUGUUUGCUAUAGUUACUUAACACUCCAGGUGGUCAUUGCCGAUUCCUUUGAGACGUUGUGACGUUCUAUUCCAGUACACCACUGCAGAGGAAAGCAGGGGAAUUCAUAAUUGAAAUGCCGGAUUUGUUAAUGUGGUUUUAGCGGCAUAUGAAGACAACACACACAGUAAUGCGUGUUGGUUUGCAUAGAAGUCUCAUUUAAAAUCUUGGGGCAUUUUGCUUGUGCUUUUUCCCAGUCAUCCACGCAUGGCGAUUAGUUUUAUACCCAUACAGUUAUUUGUACUUUUGUACGUUGAUUGUAAUUUGUAUGAUCUUAUGAGAAGGAACGGAUUUAAAUAAAUGUUUACACGUUCACAGAAUUA